AGGAUCCGGGCUAUCAGGCUGCGGGUCUCCGUGUGCAACUUUUUAUCGCCUUGGGGUCCGGAUGCGAGACUUGGAGCUGUUUUCUAACUCUAUCCAUACAUGUGUGUGAUCUAAUAAAACAUUUUCUCCUCUCCUUGAAGCAGGAGCUAUUUUAUGACAUCUCCUUUCUGUCAGAGACACUUGCCUUCUUUGGGUUAUAAACUUUUGAUGCCAGACCUCUGCAGAACGCGCCCAACUGAAUCUUAAAGUAGCUUCAACGAGAGAGGCAGAGAACGCACAAUCUGUGACCUUCGUUCCUGCUCCUUCUUUCGUGCUCUCUCUCCCCCGCGGGCUCCCUCCGCCCCAGGGAGCGUCAAGAAAGCUCUUUUUUGGAUGCAGGAGGGGGCAUCUGGUUCUGCUAGGCUGGAAAGCUGAGGCUGGAGCCGAGGAAGAAUUAUUAGGCUCCGGAGAGCCUGGACUCAGCUUCUCCUUCUCCUGCACCCAGCUCCUGACUUGCUCUCUCUCCCUCUCUGCUUUUGGCCCCACAACACUUCCUGCUGUUUUGAGAGGGCAGGGGACAAGGACCGUGCUGCUACGGGAGUUCUGGGAAGUUGUGACUGACAAGGAUGGGGGUCUGUGGGUACCUGUUCCUGCCCUGGAAGUGCCUCGUGGUCGUGUCUCUCAGGCUGCUGUUCCUUGUACCCACAGGAGUGCCGGUGCGCAGUGGAGAUGCCACCUUCCCCAAAGCUAUGGACAACGUGACGGUCAGGCAGGGGGAGAGCGCCACCCUCAGGUGUACCAUAGAUGAUCGGGUCACCAGGGUGGCCUGGCUAAACCGCAGCACAAUCCUCUAUGCUGGGAAUGACAAGUGGUCCAUAGAUCCUCGAGUGAUCAUCUUGGUCAACACACCUACGCAAUACAGUAUCAUGAUCCAGAAUGUGGAUGUAUAUGACGAAGGUCCAUACACCUGCUCUGUGCAGACAGACAAUCACCCCAAAACUUCCCGGGUCCAUCUCAUAGUGCAAGUUCCUCCCCAGAUAAUGAACAUCUCUUCAGACAUUACAGUGAAUGAAGGAAGCAGUGUGACUCUGUUAUGUCUUGCAAUUGGCAGACCAGAACCAACCGUAACAUGGAGACACCUGUCAGUGAAGGAAGGCCAGGGCUUUGUGAGUGAAGAUGAAUACCUGGAAAUCUCUGACAUCAAACGCGACCAGUCCGGGGAGUACGAGUGCAGCGCCUUGAAUGAUGUUGCUGCACCUGAUGUGCGGAAAGUAAAAAUCACUGUAAACUACCCUCCCUAUAUCUCAAAAGCCAAGAACACUGGUGUUUCAGUUGGUCAGAAGGGCAUCUUGAGCUGUGAAGCCUCUGCUGUCCCUAUGGCUGAAUUCCAGUGGUUCAAGGAAGACACCAGGUUAGCCACUGGCCUGGAUGGAGUGAGGAUUGAGAACAAAGGACGCAUAUCUACUUUGACUUUCUUCAAUGUCUCAGAGAAGGAUUAUGGGAAUUAUACCUGUGUGGCCACAAAUAAGCUUGGGAACACCAAUGCCAGCAUCACACUGUAUGAAAUAAGCCCCUCAUCAGCAGUGGCAGGGCCUGGAGCAGUCAUUGAUGGUGUAAAUUCCGCCUCUAGAGCACUGGCUUGUCUCUGGCUCUCAGGGACCUUCUUUGCCCACUUCUUCAUCAAGUUUUGAUAAGAAACCAUAGGUCCUCUCCUCAACGCCUGCUUCUCUACAUCACAGACUUUAAUCUACACUGCGGAGGGCAAACCAGUUUGGGCUUCUUUUUGUUUAUUUUUGUUCUUCUUGACUUUUUUUCUGGGAUUUUCAAUUUUAUUUGAUUUUUCUCUUUUAGUUUGAAUGAGUGGGGUUGGGGGUUGGGGUGGGCAGGGUUCUGCCAAGGGUAGGAUAAUCAUUCAUUGGUGGGCCCCCAAAUGGAAUCUGUUGUUCCUGCUACCUUGGUCUUCCUUUUCUCUACUUCUCUUUCCACAACCAUUAAAACACCACACACACACACACACACACACACACACACACACCACAAAAUUGGGCAAAAAGACUGUCCCAUGUCAAAUACCCUGAAGGUACAACUUGACUCACAAGGUAGUACACAGUAAGAGUUGCAUCUACAUGUCCAGUUGUGUUUGUCUUUUAACCUUCC